GCCCCCCCGCGCCCCGCGCCCCCAGCCCGGUCCCGCCGCGGUCCAGCCCGAGCCAUGGGGCCGGAGCCGCAGUGAGCACCAUGGAGCUGGCGGCCUGGUGCCGCUGGGGGCUCCUCCUCGCGCUUCUGCCCCCCGGAGCCGCGGGCACCCAAGCAGUGUGCACCGGCACGGAUAUGAAGCUGCGGUUCCCCGCCAGUCCCGAGACCCACCUGCAAAUGCUCCGCCACCUCUACGAGGGCUGCCAGGUGGUACAGGGUAACUUGGAGCUCACCUACCUGCCUGCCAAUGCCAGCCUCUCCUUUCUGCAGGAUAUCCAGGAGGUCCAGGGCUACAUGCUGGUGGCUCACAGCCUGGUGAGGCAGAUCCCACUGCAGAGGCUGCGGAUCGUGCGCGGCACCCAGCUCUUCGAGGACAACUAUGCACUGGCCGUGCUGGACAAUGGAGACCCCCUGGACAAUGCCACCCCUGUCAUGGGGGCUGCCCCAGGAGGCCUGCGGGAGCUGCAGCUUAGAAGCCUCACAGAGAUCUUGAAGGGCGGAGUUUUGAUCCAGCGGAACCCCCAACUCUGCUACCAGGACACGAUUUUGUGGAAGGACAUCUUUCACAAGAACAACCAGCUGGCUCGCACAGUGAUAGACACCAACCGCUCCCGGACGUGCCGGCCCUGUGCCUCAUCUUGUAAAGAUAACUAUUGCUGGGGAGAAAGUUCUUCGGACUGUCAAAUCUUGACAGGCACCAUCUGUGCCAGUGGCUGUGCCCGCUGUAAAGGCCGGCAGGCCACCGAUUGCUGUCACGAGCAGUGUGCCGCGGGCUGCACGGGUCCCAAGCACUCUGACUGCCUGGCCUGCCUCCACUUCAACCAUAGUGGCAUCUGUGAGCUGCACUGCCCGGCUCUGGUCACCUACAACACAGACACCUUCGAGUCCAUGCCCAACCCUGAGGGCCGUUACACCUUUGGCGCCAGCUGCGUGACCUCCUGUCCUUACAACUACCUGUCUACGGAUGUGGGGUCCUGCACCCUGGUCUGCCCCCCGAACAACCAGGAAGUGACAGCCGAGGAUGGAACACAGCGGUGUGAAAAAUGCAGCAAACCCUGUGCCCGAGUGUGCUAUGGUCUGGGCAUGGAACACCUGCGGCUAGCAAGGGCAGUCACCAGUGCCAACAUCCAGGAGUUUGCUAACUGCAAGAAGAUCUUUGGGAGCCUGGCAUUUUUGCCAGAGAGCUUUGAUGGGGACCCCGCCUCCAACAUUGCCCCCCUGCAACCUGAGCACCUCCAAAUCUUUGAGACCCUGGAGGAGAUCACAGGUUACCUGUACAUCUCCGCGUGGCCAGACAGCCUGCCUGACCUCAGUGUCUUCCAGAACCUUCAAGUCAUCCGGGGACGCGUUCUACAUGAUGGCGCCUACUCGCUGACUCUCCAAGGCCUGGGCAUCCGCUGGCUGGGGCUGCGUUCGCUGCGGGAGCUGGGCAGCGGGCUGGCCCUCAUCCAUCGCAACGCCCACCUCUGCUUCAUACACACGGUGCCCUGGGACCAGCUCUUCCGGAACCCCCACCAGGCCCUGCUUCACAGUGGCAACCGGCCAGAGGAUGCGUGUGCGGGCGAGGGCCUGGCCUGCUACCAUUUGUGUGCCAAUGGGCACUGCUGGGGGCCGGGGCCCACCCAGUGCGUCAACUGCAGUCAGUUCCUCCGGGGCCAGGAAUGUGUGGAGGAAUGCCGAGUCCUGCAGGGGCUUCCCAGGGAGUAUGUGAGUGACAGGCACUGUCUGCCCUGCCAUGCUGAGUGUCAGCCCCAGAAUGGCUCAGUGACCUGCUUUGGAUCGGAGGCGGACCAGUGUGAGGCCUGUGCUCACUACAAGGACCCUCCCUUCUGUGUUGCGCGCUGCCCCAGUGGCGUGAAGGCUGACCUCUCCUACAUGCCCAUCUGGAAGUUUCCAGAUGAGGAAGGCACAUGCCAGCCAUGCCCCAUCAACUGCACCCACUCAUGCGUGGACCUGGAUGACAAGGGAUGCCCUGCGGAGCAGAGAGCCAGCCCUGUGACGUCCAUUAUCGCUACCGUGGUGGGCGUCCUGUUGUUCGUGGUCAUGGGAGUUGUCCUUGCGAUUCUGAUCAAGCGAAGGCGCCAGAAGAUCCGGAAGUACACGAUGCGGAGGCUGCUGCAGGAAACCGAGUUGGUGGAGCCUCUGACACCCAGUGGAGCGAUGCCCAACCAAGCUCAGAUGCGGAUCUUGAAAGAGACUGAGCUAAGGAAGGUGAAGGUGCUUGGAUCCGGAGCUUUUGGCACAGUCUACAAGGGCAUCUGGAUCCCAGAUGGAGAGAAUGUGAAAAUCCCCGUGGCCAUCAAAGUGUUGAGGGAAAACACAUCCCCCAAAGCCAACAAAGAAAUCUUGGAUGAAGCUUAUGUGAUGGCUGGCGUGGGGUCCCCCUAUGUGUCUCGCCUCCUGGGCAUCUGCCUGACAUCCACGGUGCAGCUAGUGACACAGCUGAUGCCCUAUGGCUGUCUUCUGGACCACGUCCGAGAACACCGAGGGCGCCUCGGCUCCCAGGACCUGCUCAACUGGUGUGUGCAGAUAGCCAAGGGCAUGAGCUACUUGGAGGACGUGCGGCUGGUACACAGGGACCUGGCUGCCCGCAACGUGCUGGUCAAAAGUCCGAAUCACGUCAAGAUUACAGACUUCGGGCUAGCGCGGCUGCUGGACAUUGAUGAGACUGAGUACCAUGCGGAUGGGGGCAAGGUGCCCAUCAAGUGGAUGGCACUGGAGUCCAUUCUCCGCCGGCGGUUCACCCACCAGAGUGACGUAUGGAGCUAUGGUGUGACUGUGUGGGAACUCAUGACUUUUGGAGCCAAACCCUACGAUGGAAUACCAGCCCGGGAGAUCCCUGACCUACUGGAGAAGGGGGAGAGGCUGCCCCAGCCCCCCAUCUGCACCAUUGACGUCUACAUGAUCAUGGUCAAAUGUUGGAUGAUUGAUUCUGAAUGCCGGCCAAGAUUCCGGGAGUUGGUGGCUGAAUUUUCCCGCAUGGCCAGGGACCCCCAGCGCUUUGUGGUCAUCCAGAAUGAGGACUUGGGCCCAUCCAGCCCCUUGGACAGCACCUUCUACCGCUCACUGCUGGAGGAUGAUGACAUGGGGGACCUGGUAGAUGCUGAGGAGUACCUGGUACCCCAGCAGGGUUUCUUCUGCCCAGACCCUGCCCCAGGCACAGGGGGUACUGCCCACCGCAGGCAUCGAAGCUCAUCCACCAGGAGUGGAGGUGGUGAGCUGACCCUGGGGCUGGAGCCCUCUGAGGAAGAACCCCCCAGGUCUCCACUGGCCCCCUCAGAAGGGGCUGGCUCCGAUGUGUUUGAUGGUGACUUGGGGGUGGGGGCAGCUAAGGGGCUGCAGAGCCUACCCCCCCACGACCUCAACCCUCUGCAGCGGUACAGCGAGGACCCCACAGGACCCCUGCCCCUGGAGACGGACGGCUACGUUGCUCCCCUCACCUGCAGCCUCCAGCCAGAAUAUGUGAACCAGCCGGAAGUCCGGUCGCAGCCCAGCUCACCCCUGGAGGGUCCUCUGCCUCCUGUCCGACCUGCUGGGGCCACUCUGGAAAGGCCCAAGACUCUCUCCCCUGGGAAGAAUGGGGUUGUCAAAGAUGUUUUUGCCUUUGGGGGUGCCGUGGAGAACCCAGAGUACUUGGCACCUCGGGGAGGCGCUGUCACACAACCCCACGCUCCUCCAGCAUUCAGCCCAGCCUUCGAUAACCUUUACUACUGGGACCAGGACCCAUCGGAACGGGGGGCUCCACCCAGCACCUUUGAAGGGACCCCUACAGCAGAAAACCCUGAGUACCUGGGCCUGGAUGUCCCAGUGUGAGCCAGAGGCCAAAUGUGCCGAGGCCCUGCUGUGCCCCUGGAGUUGGGGCAGGCCUGACCUGCAGCCCGUCGUCACUGGAAGGCCGGCCAAGGGCUCUCUGACCACGGCAAGGGGAGCUUGCUGUGCCGGAAACAUGCUCCAAGGAGCCUUCCUGCCUGCCUGAAUUCCCAGGCAGCCAAGAGGGGCCCAGCCUGGUUGGUAGAAGGGGCGUACUGGGCACUGGUUGAUUUUGGAGCCCUGCUCCAGACUUCGGAUGCUACCGCCAUAGUCUGCACACCCCGAGGCUGUGGCCCUGCCCGACCUUCUUCCAGACCUUGAGUUCUGAAGGACCGAAGGAGGCUGGGCCUAGGAGAGAAGAGGUGCCAAAGGCCUAAGAAUGAGGACAACCCCCAAACAGACUGUCCCUGAGAUCUAGUGCUCUCCUCUGCCCCAGGAGGAAGGGAGCUGCACUAGUGUCCAGGCCAAUCCUUGUACAGAAUACCUUUUUGCUUGGUUUUUACAUAUUUUUGUUUUUUUAAAGAUGAAAUAAGGAC